AUGGCAGCUCCUCAGCACCCACCACCUCUCCAGACGUCGACCCAAGGCACCUUCUUUGCCAACAGCGGCGCGUAUACUCCCUUAACUCCGGAUAACGACCACGUCGAAUCGCCAUCCCUGACUUCAGGCAAUGCCCUCGCCCGAUUCGAGUUUGAGCGGCCCGCUGGCGACAAGGCUGGCACAAAAAUAUUGAUGGUCGAAUGGGAGGACGACGACCAGACCAAGCUCAUCCCCGGCCAAUGGUCCGUCAGCUGGGAGGCCAAACGUGCUGCUGUGCUUGACUCGAAUGCUGUCGACACCAAGAGAGAAGGCCUGCACCGAUUAUACUUCUUACUGUCUGUCGCCGAGCGAGUCCCCGCUACCGUUACCCUCACCCUACAUCCGGAUAAUCAAGAGCAGGAAAACAUAGUCUGGCGUACACAUCCACUCCCCGCCAUCUUCUCGCCAGAGCUGGGGGCUUCGGCUCGUCAAGCUGGCAAGAAGGGCGUCCUGCACACUGUCUGGGCCAAGAAGCGUCUACAGGUCCUCAAGCAGGAAAUACAACAUGAGGAACAGCACAAUCCCGAGGGUGUCGCUUUGUCCAUGGCCAUACAGGAGCGUGACUGGAUAGAAUCCAAUUUUGGUGUUCGCACAAAGCCUGCUGGCCUGAAGAUCGCUACCACAAGCUCCUCGGGUUCCCUGGACCUUGGUUUGCCCAGUCCAGCCAGCCCACGCAGUCCUGGUCGCGGUCCGUUGCUGGAAAAGCUCAAGGGCCUCAGUCUCGACACCAAGGCUUCGUCAAACGACUCAAAUCCUCUAAGUCCCGAAGGUUCAGAUGUUGCUGUCAACUUCAAUACCUUUGCUGCCCUACAUGGUUUGCCUGACCCCAGCACUCUUGCCGCCAAACCUGCUCAACACACUCUACCUCAGAAUCAGCAGAUAAGCCCUUCAGUGUCACAACCCCAACGGAGAAUUGCACCACAAUUACCGCCCGACUCAGUUGUUGCACAGCAACGACAACAAGCUGGAAGUAGCAUGGCAUCGUUGAAUGCUCUUGCCUUUAAUGAAGCUCCUGUCGAGUUCACUGCCGCCUCUUCGACUGCUGUCCCGUCGGUGACGAGGAACGAUUCGGCCGCGGAUGAGGAUGAUCUUUUCGCAUUGCCAUUGAGUCCACGUAGUCCUGCUGAUCAGCAAGAUAGAGGUUCUGCUUUUUCCUUUGCUGCUGAUCAUGUUGCUAAGUAUCAGCAAUGA